AAACUCAAUCAUUAAGAACUAAAUUUUGCAUUUUUAUGUGUCUAAAGGCAUGGUACAGGUAUUAACAUAUGUAGGUUUUUAUUUUAUUUAUAGCCUACAAUAUUAUGAUUUUUGUUGACAUUCUCAGUGCAUAAAUGUAUAUCUUUCCACGUGAGAAAGUAGGUUUUCUUUAAUUGUUGAGUGAGAUGGGGGAAACCCAGCAGAAAUCCACAGCUGUUCAUUGGCUGGUGGUGCCGAUAUAAAUCUCACACCCCUGCAUGUCGCGAGGUUUUAUUAAAAUCAUGGCAAACAACACAUAUUGAUCCGUGUCAGUGAUCAAAAAGAGUAGAUUUUCCUGCUCAAGGUUUUGGGUGACAUUGACAGAAAAGGUAAGGCAGUAACGUUAGUUAUUACAUUAUAUUGUACAGUUUUCAUAUGAACAAGCUACACAACGUUCACGUUUACCGCGGUAUUAAGAUCAUUUUUUAAUGAACACCAUUUUAUCACGAUAUAUAUGUUAGGAUAAAUUCUUGUCUCGUGUCACCGUGAGCCAUCUUUGGUCACUCGACAGGAUUGUGGAAAUGUCAAAUCUUAUACGGAUACCAAUUUAUGAAUCAAGUCAAAUCUAAUUGAUUUUAAUCUCUAAGUAAACUUUUUUAAUUUUACAAACAAAUUUAAAGUCAUUGGCAUGUCGUUCUUAACAUUUUUUUUCCGCCAUAAUUUAAUCACUUAUGCUUCUAAAUAUUUAUUAUAUUUAUGUAAUUAUUAUGUUUAUUCAUUAGUUUAUUUAAUUUUAAACUGCACAGUCCAAAUAAUAUGAAUCGCUAGAAGGUUAAAUUGAAAGCCCUGACAAAGCUCGGUCCGACUUUCUUAAUCACUUCAUGACUUUUGUCUAUUGCAGUAACGCGGUCUGACAGAUUCAUCUGAUCUAAACAUGGAUGACAGCUGUUGGGAGAGCUCAGAUUAUGAAAUCUUGGCAGAAAUCGGCCAGGGCUCAUACGGGAAAGUGUACAAAGCCAGAGAGAGGCGCGAACAGCAGCGCCUCAUAGCGGUGAAGAGACUGAACAUCCCCGAGGAGCCGGAGUCUGGCAUCCCUCAGUUUGUGAUACGAGAAGUGGCUCUUCUGCGAAAAAUAGAGCACUUCAACCACCCAAACAUAGUCAAGUUGCUGAAUGUUUCAGCUGGAUGGCAGAACCAGAAGUUUGACCUGACCUUGGUGUUUGAGUAUAUCGAUCAAGACCUGACCACAUUUCUCAGCAGAGCAUCAGCGAAAGGCCUGGCCAGGGACAAAAUCAAGGAUGUGAUGCGUCAGCUGCUCAGUGGACUUGACUUCCUCCACACCAACACUGUCAUCCACCGGGACCUGAAGCCAGACAAUGUGCUUGUGAGCAGUCGAGGGGUGGUCAAGAUCGCAGACUUUGGUUUAGCCAGGAUAUAUACAUACCAUAUCGCCCUCACCCCAUGUGUUGUGACUCUGUGGUACAGGGCUCCAGAGGUCCUGUUGCAGUCCAGUUACAUGUCUUCAGUGGAUAUGUGGAGUGCUGGCUGCAUCUUUGCAGAGCUCUUUCUGUUAAGGCCGUUGUUUUGUGGAUUCACAGAGAUCCAGCAGCUGCAAAAGAUCUUUGAGGUAAUUGGUUUGCCAGGUGAGGAGGACUGGCCCAUAGAAAGCCCUGUCUGCUACACUCCUGCCUGGGUUGAGACAAAGCCAACAGCACAACUACUGCCCAGCCUCGCCCAUGAGGAGAAUGACCUGUUGUCUCUUUUUUCUUGUCUGAAACUUCCUUCUCCAUGCAGCAAUUUUUGGCUUUCAAUCCAGCUCAUCGCAUCUCUGCCUGCAGAGCUUUGACUCACCCUUUCCUGGCAGAUCGCAGCAGUGAAGAUGAGUGAAGAGGGCGGGGUCACAUAAUUAGACUGGCUCCUCCCAUCCAGUCUGAGGCGCACCAAGAAUUAUUCUGCCACAAGAGCUAUUAGGUUGAUUUUUAAAUAAUGGAGUGAAGUGCAACACCUUAACCAUUGGAUCACGUUUUUUUUUUUCUUUCUUUUUUUUUUCUCUCAUAUAAAAACUACUUGGUGAAAAUUGAAAAUGUUACUGAUGCUCUGUACUGAUGAUGUUUAAAAAGAAACAAAUGCCCUUAUGAAACUCUCUAACCGAAGCUCUCCUGCCCUGAUAUUUUAUUUUAUAUACCAACACCUUGUUCUCAUGUUUACAGAGGUUUAGGAAUGAGAAAUUGUCUUUUUCACUUGUGACAACUCUCUAAUAAUGACAUUUUGUGUAUGUUGCAGCACAAUUGGUUGUUUAACAGGUAAGUUUGAUGUUUCCAGAUUGUUUCAAUGUGCUACUUUAAAGAUGUUUUUGAAAGUUUACUUUUUUAUAGUAACAUUUUUAUACCAUUUUGUGUUUGUUUUGCCUUAAUUUUAAAGGUAUACAAUGUUUUAGGUUCUGAGCAAAAUGUUUGAAGUUUUGUGUUUUCUGUUCCUGAUGAAUUUGAGGUAAACAAACUAGAGCCAACGGUGCCUGUUUGUUGUUGAAUGAGCUGAGAUUGGUAUUUAAGCUUAGUUGAUAUUAUGAUUUUUCAAAUGAAUACAAAUCAAUUAAAUAUGUAAUUGAAUGCACAUUUUACUAUUUUCUUUAUACUGACACUUCAGUAAUAAAAAGCUAUUUCAACAUUG